AUGCACACUGUUAUACAUUUAAAUUAUAGGGAUUCUGUUGAACAAUUGUGGGUAAGUUUCAAAGUAAAUAAUCGUAAAUUUUCUUUUGGAAAUCUAUACCGACCUCCAGAUAAAAGUGUAAGUAGUUUUUUAAUAGAUUUUGGGGUAAUUUUAGCCGAUAUUUAUACACAAUUUGAUGAAAUUAUUUGUGGUGGUGACGUGAUCAUUGAAUUUUUAGAUAGUACUUGUAAUAUUGUAAUAAAAUUUAAUAAUUGCACCGAUUUAUUUCAUAUGCAGCAAAUCAUAAAUGAACCUACAAGAAUUACAGCAACGAUUGAAAGCCUCAUUGACAAUAUAUUAAUCUCAAAUCAAUAUACAUCUUACAGCCACGGUAAUAAGGAAAUAUAUACAUCAUCAAAUCACCAACUUGUUUAUUGUAUAUUAGAUUUUCAAAGUGAUGGAGGUGACGAAAUAAUUCAUACUAGAAAUCUAAAAGGUGUUGACAAACAUUUUUUGUAUGCUACCCCCUUUGAAGAAAUUUUUCAUAUGCAGGACAUUAAUGAUAAAGUUUCGUAUUUUAAUCAUUUAUUAACUGGUCUAUUUGAUACAAUCGCACCCGUAAGAGGAAUGAGGCUAAAAAAAACCUAA